AUGAGCGCUGUGCCUGUCAUCAAGCUGCACUCUGGUGCAUCCUUUCCUCAGGUUGGGCUAGGCACCUGGAAGGCCGAGAAGGGCAAGGUUGGCGCUGCUGUCAAAUAUGCUGUGACCGAGUGCGGAUACAGGCACCUCGACUGCGCCAGCAACUACCUCAACGAAGAUGAGAUUGGGGAUGCGCUGGCGGAGCUGUUUGAGAGUGGCGCGGUGAAGCGCGAAGACCUGUGGAUCACCGGCAAACUGAACAACCCGUACCACCACAAGGAACACGUCAUGCCACACCUCAAGAAGACGCUGCUCGACCUCCGCCUCGACCAUCUCGACCUGUGGCUGAUGCACUGGCCCGUGGCGUUCAAGUACCUGCAGGAGGUGACACAGGCGGCCAACCCGGGCGCAGCAAAGGUCGACCACAGCGUCUCCAUCCGCGAGACGUGGGAGGCGAUGGAGGCGUGCGUGGAGGCAGGCCUCGUCAAGCAUAUUGGGCUGAGCAACGUCCCUGCCAUCAUUGUCCACGACAUCAUGACAUACGCCAAGAUCAAGCCCGCCGUGAUCCAGAACGAGAUGCACCCGUACUGCCAGCAGCCCGCGCUGUGCGAGUACGCCAGGCGCCUCGGCAUUGCCAUGACCGCGUAUUCGCCACUGGGCACAGGCUCCAACCACAGCUGGACGGGCGGCGAUGUUCUCCUGCAGGACCCCGUCCUCGCCGCCAUUGCUGCCAAGCACGGCAAGACCCCCGCCCAGGUGUGCAUUCGCUGGGCGGUGCAGCGCGGGACCGUCGUCAUUCCAAAGUCCACGCACGACCACCGCAUCCGCCAGAACAUCGAGUCUGUGGGUUUUGAGUUGGAUGAGGAGGACAUGCAGAAGAUUGCGGCUCUUGACCGCAACUUCCACUACCUGCGUCCAAACGACUGGUACGGCAUUCCCCUCUUCUGCCCAUGA